AUGAGCUCCUCCUCGGAUGAAGACUUCCGGUCCUACCACAGGCCCUAUCCCCUGCACGAUGCCGCGGAGGCGGGGGACAUGGAAACCCUCACUCAGAUCCUGAGGCCGAGGCAGCCCAAGAAACCUGCCAGCAUAAGCUCGGCAGCGGGAGGGGGGGAAGGAGAGGCCGCGGCCGGAGGGGACGGGCGGGGGGGCGUUGCUCCUAUGGACGAGGAAGGGGACGCUGCGGCGGCCGCGGGAACAGGGGGUGGUGAGGCCGACGGCGGUGCUGGAAAGGCUGAAGCAGAAGGCAUCGAAAACAACAGCCAUCGGCAUCCGGCGGGAGGGGGCGAUGAUGAGUCUAGCGACGACGACGACGACGACGACGAGCUCGGCGGUUUCAGGCCUCCGUCGGUGGACUUGGAGGAGAGGGACCACGAGGGCUGCACCCCGCUGCACGUGGCCCUGACGGCGAAGAACCUGGACGCCGCGCGGCUGCUGCUGGAGUGCGGCGCGGGCACGACGAGGAGGCUGGAGGGGUCGACGCCGGCGCACGUCGCCCUCAGCGUGGCGUCGGUGGGAAGGCACCGCGGGUUCGCCAACGCCGCGCUCAAGCUGCUGCUGGAGUACCACCACGACGUGUCUGUCAAGGACGACAGGGGUCAGACCCUGCUCCACCUGGCGGCGUCGUUCGGCCUGGACGAUGCCAUGGCGACCCUGCUGGAGGCCCCGAGGGGCAGGGAGCUCAUGGACUCCAAGGAGCGUCUCAGCUGCCGGCCUUUGCACCUCGCGGCGCUCGCGGGGCACGUAGGGGCUACCCGUGCGCUUAUCUCGGCGGGCUGCGACGCCUCCUUCACGAACCUGCACGGCAACACGGCGCUCCACCUGGCCUGCAGCAAAGCUCGCUGGGGGGUUGCUAGGGUGCUCCUGGAGGACGGGAAGGCGAGCGUGGUAGCGUGCAACAAGAACAAGCAGACGCCCGCCGCGGUGGCGUUGAAACAGGGGCUAAGAAUCCCGGACACACUUCCGGAGCUUCACGAAGCGGCAGCAACAGCAACAGCAACAAUCGGUAACGACGACAGCACCAACGGCACUACUGCCAACCCAGAACAAGAGCGGGGCUCCUCCUCCUCCUCCUCCUCUUCCAACAGGGGCAAGGUCAAGAAGAAGGCCAAGUGGGAGUUCCCGGUGGCGGGAGGGUCGGGGAGAGGGGAUGACACUGCCGCCGCCGCCGCCGCCGCCGGGAAUGCCGUCGGUAACGGAGGCAUUCGGCAGGCGGGAGCGGGAGCGGGGGACGGGGACGUUGCGGGUAACGGCGGCGUGGGAGCGGCAGCAGGUGGUGGUGGUGGUGGUGGUGGUGGUGGUGGUGCAGCAGGAGCACCCAAGACGAGGACGGCGGUGUUGCACCACCCCCUGUGCCUGCAGCACCACUCGUGCCCGCCGAUAAGGAGGUGGGGGGCGGACCCCCCGCCGGAGAAUGUGAAACGCCUGGAGGUCAUCUACAACGAGGAUUCGGGGGUGCUGCGCGCUGAUGAAUUUUCUGGGUUGGAGUGGGACAGCAACCCCAGCAGGGCAGAGCUGGUGGACGUGCUGCGGGUGCACGACUUCAACUACGUCGAGAAGCUGGAACGCCUCUGCUCAAACAUCCCCGAAGGCCCCGGCUCCCUGUCCCACCUCGACGGCGACACGGCGGUCUCGCACGACUCGUUGGAGGGGGCGUUUCCCCCCGCGGGGUCGGUUUGGGACGGGGUGGACCGCUUCAUGACGGGGAGAAACAGAAACCCUUUUUGCCCCGUGAGACCCCCCGGGCACCACCCCGCCACCCGGGGGCUGGUGACGUGCCCCAACGAUGCCACGGGUUCCCACGGUUUCUCCCUACUCAACAACGUGGCGAUCGGAGCGGCAUACGCGAGGUGUGUCCACCGGCACACCGGGGUAGAGCGAGUGGCUAUCGUAGACUUCGACGUGCACCACGGUAACGGUACGGAAGCCAUCGUCAAGGCUCUCGUGCCAAAGGUGGAAGAGGCCAGCAUUAAGACGCCUUUCUGUCAGGGGCUGUUGCAGCAGCCUCUGGUGCUCGAUGUCGGCAUGCCCCUGCCCGAGAUCGGGGACACCCCCGGCGCUUCUCGACACCGCUGGCGCGACGUGUACCGUAAGGACAUCCUGCCCAAGCUCGUGGCCUUCAACCCGGACAUCAUCCUCGUUAGCGCCGGCUUCGACGCGCACAAGAAGGAUGUGAUCAACUACGGGUACAUCGGGCUGCUGGAGGAGGAUUACGAAUGGGUCACGCAGCAGCUUGUGCAGGUCGCCAACAGGUGUUGCGAGGGGCGGCUAGUGUCCGUGCUCGAGGGAGGCUACCGCAUCCAGGGCGGGAUUGUCUCUGCGUUUGGCAGGAGCGUCGCGGGGCACGUGCGCGCGCUGGUGGACGGCUGCGAGUCGAGACAGGAAUGGAGCGCCGCCGAUGCUGAAUGGGAGAGCAACUUCGAGCGCCGCUUGCUGCAAGAGAGGGAACGAAAGCGCAAGCAAAGGCUCGAGCAACAGCUGCAGGCGAUGGAGGCGAAGAAAAACCAGCUCAGGAUAGCCAUGCUCCAGCAGCAGCAGCAGGAACAACAGGAGCAGCAGGAGCAAGCAGGGACCAACGGCGACGCCGCCCCCGGCGCACAACAUUCCGCGGGGCCCCAUGCCGGUGGCGACCAAGCGGCGGCAGCGGCGGUUGCCAGCAGGGUGGAGACAGAUGGCCAACCGCCGAGGCAGGAAGCAGGGGGAGGCGACGAGGGUGCCCUGCCCAGCAAGAGACGAAGGACCAACGUGGACUACGUGGCUCUGCAGAAGAAGCUACAGGCUUGA